AGAAGAGGGGCAGUCCGUAUCCGGGGAGGGGUAAAGAGUCGGACAGUUCUGGACUAUAACAUGGCCAAUCCUCCCGACUUGAGUAAGCCACGGUCUUGACCUUGUAUUGUUCAUCAUCACCGAAUCUUUUCUCAAAGCAAGAACAGUCUUCGCCACAGGUACGAAAUGGCAACGCAAGACUCUGGCGCAAUGGAAUUCUACGUAUCAAGGUAACUGUCUAAAGCAUGGCGGGUGUUCUGCUCCAGAAAGCUUCAUCACUGUCACUCCUUGUUCAAGUCUGCAAGACUCGUGCACGCACAGGAGUGACAUGCUGGAGUUAGUAUGGAGCAGAUCUGAGAUUAUACCGUCUGAACUUGAUCUAGAUAAUGCUAGCGCAAGAAUCAUGCUCCCCUUCCCUCUGCAAUCAAGGAGAAACUCUAACACCUUUAGCUUUUGCUUGAUCUAUCAAAAUGUCCACAGACAAGAUCACAUUUCUCACUAAUUGGCACGCCACGCCAUACCACGCCCCCCUUUACCUGGCUCAGAAGCUGGGGUUCUUCGCUGAAGAAGACAUCAAAGUCGCCAUCCUUGAGCCCAAUGAUCCCAGCGAUGUCACCGAGAUCAUCGGCAGCGGCAAGGUCGACAUGGGUUUCAAGGCCAUGAUUCACACCUUGGCUGCCAAAGCCAGAGGCUUCCCUGUUACCUCGAUCGGCUCCCUGCUUGACGAACCGUUCACUGGAGUCGUGUAUCUCAAGUCAAGCGGGAUCACUCCUGACUUCCACACUCUCAAGGGCAAACGCAUUGGUUAUGUCGGUGAAUUCGGCAAGAUCCAGAUUGACGAAUUGACUUCACACUACGGAAUGACCCCUGACGACUACACUGCAGUCCGCUGUGGUAUGAAUGUCAGCAAGGCCAUCAUCGAGGGUACAAUUGAUGCUGGUAUCGGCCUUGAGAAUGUUCAGAUGGUGGAGUUGGAGGAGUGGCUUACUGGCCAGGGCCGUCCUCGCGACGACGUGCAAAUGCUCAGAAUCGAUGAGCUGGCCGAACUCGGUUGCUGCUGCUUCUGCAGCAUCCUGUACAUUGCCAACGAUCGCUUUCUUGCCGAGAACCCCGAGAAGGUUCGCAAGUUCCUCCGCGCAGUCAAAAAGGCAACGGACUUCGUUUUGGCGUCGCCUGGGGAGGCGUAUAAGCAGUACAUCGACAUCAAGCCGGUCAUGAACACGACCGUUAACUAUAAGAUCUUUGAGCGCUCCUACGCCUACUUCUCCAAGGACCUCCAGAACGUGGACCGCGACUGGCAGAAGGUCACCAAGUAUGGAAAGCGCUUGGGUGUCCUGCCCCAGGACUACGUGCCCAACUACACCAACGAUCACCUGACCUGGGCGCUCGAGGGUCCAUCCCAGGAUCCGACUGCUGACCAGAAGAAGAUGGCCGAGCUUCAGAAGAAUGUCGCUUGCUGCGGUGGCUUCCACCGGCUGCCUGCGGUCGUCAUUCAGGCAUAAGCCUUUUAACCAGUUGUCUUCACUCGGCUGUGUUGCAAGUCUGUGCAGCGAGUAAUAAGUUGGAAUUUGCUCUCAAGGCACACGCUCGUUUCGCCUUAUUAUGAUAGUCCUUCAUUAGUUC